CUUCCUGGAUGUAGACAAAACGUUGAAGCGGAGCUCUCACGCACAGAGGCCAGACGGGAGCUUUGAGCAUGUUUUUAGUUUUUUGGUAAUCUCAGUGGGUAUGUGAGGAAGGUGGCGUCAGGGCGGCUGCAGUGACACUAGACGCUGAUAGCAGGUUGUUCCUGAGACUAUCGACAUAUGUGCCCAUGCCUCACAAAUAAGAGCACUGCGGCUGCGGAUCUGGACUCAGGCUGCUCCUACACCCAGUGGUCCACACGUAAGGAAGAUGGAGGCUGUUGAUCCUCUGCAAUAGCAGCUGAAGGCAUAGAAGCAGCCUGAUUCAUCCAUCCUUCCCUUCCUGCCUGCCUUGCCCCACCAUGGCCAGCAAGAGUCCCAGACUGAGUCGGGAAGUCCAGGAUUUGGCACCGGAGACACCCGAGCUUGGUGCCAACCCACAGAUUGGGCUUGAGAUCUUCUGUAAACUGUGCCUCAGCCAACAGCCAACUGCAGCCACCAGGGAGCUGCAGAGCUGCAGGUGCAUGUACUGCACAGCGUGUUUGCAGCAGUAUGUUCAACUGGCCAUCAUGGAGGGUGGAGGGGCACCCAUCACCUGCCCAGAUAUGGCUUGCCAUAAGAGCGGAGUGCUAACAGAAUCUGAGCUAGCUGGUUUAGCUGCAGCAGAUCAGGUGGAGCUGUAUCAGCGGUUGAAGUUUGAGAGAGAAGUGAAGCUUGACCCCAGUAAAGCCUGGUGCCCGGUGCUUGAAUGCCAGGCGGUCUGCAGCGUGCAGCCGAGCACAGAGGGCCUCCCCGCUGCCGUGCCCUGCCCCACCUGUCACGCCAUUUUCUGCUCCAGCUGCAGGGGUCCUUGGAAAGACAGCCACAUCUGCCCCGAACGCCAGCCCAUGAUCUCGCCCUCACCCUUUCAUGAAAGCAGCAGCGCCGACAUGUCCAUCAAGCAGUGUCCCAUGUGCGGGAUCUACAUCGAGAGGAACCAAGGCUGCGCGCAGAUGCUGUGCAAGAGCUGCAAACACACUUUCUGCUGGUACUGUCUGCAGAAUCUGGACGGCGACAUCUUCCUGAGACAUUAUGAUAAGGGACCAUGCAGAAACAAGCUGGGACACUCCAGAGCCUCAGUUAUGUGGAACAGAACACAGGUGGUGGGCAUCCUGGUGGGGGUCAGCAUCAUCGUGCUGGUGACAUCUCCGCUCCUCCUGCUGGCUUCACCCUGUAUUCUGUGCUGCGUGUGCAAGCCCUGCAGCAGGAAGAAAAAGAAGAAGAAGAAGAAGAGGAAGACGGACCUUAGCCAGGCAGACUCCACCACAUAGCUGUUCCUCCUCCCAUCUGCCUGUCCAGGAUUACUUAACAUCUCUUCAUCUCUUAACAGACUGGAGUAAAGAGGCUCAUCUGAAUCAACAAGUGCAGAUUUACGUAUAUCUUAAUCCUCAAAGAGAGAUUUUUUUCAGAAAUCACCUUAGAAUAAAAAAACCUGAUUCCGGGGAAGUGUAAAUACGUAGCGAGCAAAUGAAAAUUCCUCACCUGGAAGCAUUUAUUUUCAGAGACAGAACAGGUUGAACCUGAAAGCCAUGGCUGUGUGUUUUUCUGGACAGGACACACCCCUGCACGCACGCACAUUCAGUUCAAAGUGCAACUCCACCUUCAUGUGCCAAACGUCAUGAUGCCAAACCAGAGAUGUUAGGUGCUCAAGUGCCUCGCUCUACAGUGCCAGGGGCUUGGCUCGGUUUUUUUUUUUUUUUUUGCCUUCCAUUUUAUCUUUAUCUUAUGCAAAACAAACAAAUAAAUAAAGCAUUAUGAAAAUGGACAUCCAUCAGGACUGGAAAACGCUAAACAAUGCAAAACAUUCGUUGCUUGUGGAAGAAGGCGAACAGCAUCUUGUGUGCACUUUAUAAUCUGUACUUAUAUGAUACAUGAUAGGGCUUCAAUGGUGCACAGAGGACUCUCCUGCAAAUCUUUGUUGUUUCCACCUGGCGUAGGUUCCAGACCAAAGGCUCUAACGGAUAACUUGUGCUUUUCUAAAGUGUGUUAAUAUGUAUUUAUGGACUGUGUGUGUGUAUGGUAUUAUUUCUAUGUUUUUGUUGAUGUUUCUGCAUUGGACAUUUUCUAAACUCGCCAUAUUAAAUUAAAAUAAACAUAAUUUGUUGGACGUGCA